GCGCUAGUUGCCGCGCGAGCUGCUGUUUUGGUUCCUGCUUCUGAGGGAUUCUACAGGGCGCGAGCCGCGGUCCCUCCUCCUCCUCCUUCUCCUUCUGUUGUUGCUGCAGACCGGCGCCGCCCCCUGCCGCAGCCGGAGCCCGCCGGCGCUGCCCAUGGCCGCUGAGAUCCAGCCCAAGGCACUGACCCGCAAGCCCGUCCUGCUCAGCAAGGUGGAGGGUUCGCAGGAUGUAGUGAGCAUGGCCGCGAUCGUGCCCAAGGAGGACGGGGUCAUCAGCGUCUCCGAGGACAGAACUGUCCGCGUGUGGCUGAAGAGAGAGAGUGGGCAAUAUUGGCCUAGCAUAUACCAUGCAAUGCCAUCUCCAUGUUCAUGCAUGUCUUUUAAUCCGGAAACAAGAAGGCUGUCCGUAGGUCUAGACAAUGGUUCAAUCUCAGAGUUUAUUUUAGCAGAAGAUUACAACAAGAUGACACCAGUUAAAAGUUACCAGGCUCACCAAGGCAGGGUUAUGAUGAUUCUGUUUGUCCUGGAGAUGGAAUGGGUGUUAAGCACAGGACAGGACAAGCAAUUCACAUGGCACUGCUCGGAGAGUGGGCAGCGGCUCGGAGGGUAUCGCACCAGUGCGGGGGCCUGCGGCCUGCAAUUUGAUGUUGAGACCCGACAUGUGUUUAUAGGUGAUCAUUCUGGGCAGGUAACCAUUCUCAAACUAGAGCAAGAGAACUGCAGCCUUGUCACAACAUUUAAGGGACAUACAGGUGGUGUCACUGCUCUUUGUUGGGACCCAGUGCAGCGAGUAUUGUUCUCAGGCAGUUCGGAUCAUUCCAUUAUUAUGUGGGACAUAGGAGGAAGAAAAGGAACAGCCAUUGAAUUACAAGGACACAACGAUAAAGUUCAGUGUCUCUCCUAUGCUCCCCACACAAGACAGCUCAUCUCUUGUGGUGCAGAUGGUGGAAUUGUUAUCUGGAAUAUGGAUGUUGAGAGACAGGAGACACCGGAGUGGUUGGACAGUGACUCUUGUCAAAAGUGUGACCAGCCUUUCUUCUGGAAUUUCAAACAGAUGUGGGACAGUAAGAAAAUAGGCCUUAGACAGCAUCACUGCCGGAAGUGUGGGAAAGCAGUGUGUGGCAAAUGCAGCUCUAAGCGCUCCUCCAUACCACUGAUGGGAUUUGAGUUUGAAGUGAGAGUCUGCGAUAGCUGUCACGAAUCGAUAACGGAUGAGGAACGUGCACCCACAGCUACUUUCCAUGACAGUAAGCACAACAUUGUCCAUGUACACUUUGACGCAACCAGGGGAUGGUUAUUGACUUCCGGGACAGACAAGAUUAUUAAGUUGUGGGAUAUGACACCAGUAGUGUCUUGAUGAUACGUCAGUGGAACUUAAAAGGUGGUAUUUACUGAAGAAACAGAUUUCCUAACCCUAAUCGUAUUGCAGAAGAUAAACGCUGUGUGUAUAUGGCAGAUAAGGAAGGAGCUAACACAUCUGUGAUGAUUUUUCAUCGGCUAGAUCAAGGGUGAACAUUUGCACGAAGACUCUAUUUCAACUUUGUUCUCAAAAUAUCCGAGAAGGUAUUUUUUUAACUAACGGUUUGUACGAUCUGGCUAUGUUCAGUUAUUUUGAGUUUAUCUGGAAAAUCUCUGUGCAGUGCAAUUUAGUUUUUAUAUUUCAUUACGUUGGUAUAUUGGUUGCUUUGUGUGGAAGGGUUCUUUGUUUUGUGUCUGGGCUUGUAAAAAAAAAAAGUUUCCAAUCUCAACACACUGUACAAAGCUAUCAGAGUUCCCCAGAGAGAGUACCUAUUUAUUUGUGAUGUUUUUGCUAACAGCCUCUUCAGUGGAGCAACUUUGAGCAAGACCUUGCACCUUUGCUUACUGCUUCGUAAAGGAUCUGUGGGACUAUUGCACCCUUCCGAAAAGGGCUUUUCCGUCUACUUGUUCUAGCAAAUACCACCUUGAGACGAUAUUUUAUUGUUGCAUAAAAUGAAAUUCAGUUCCUUCUGUCUCUUCCCUUGUCACACAGGUUGCAAAAUCAAGGGGCUGGGUUGCUUAGCAACUAAUCUUACAAUAGCUGAAAUAGUUUUCUAGCCCAGACAUUAACAAGGAGUGUCCAGACCAGUUUGAAUUUGAUGAGGUCACAAAGGCUGAUUCAAAUUAAAUUGACAGCAGCUUGUAGAACUGUGGAGUUGUAUAAAAGGGUGACUAAACAGGCUUGAUCGGGCCCAAACAAGCCCAUUUCUUCCUCAUGAAGCAUCAUGUCAGCAUUUACGUCCGUCUUUUUCGCUGGAGAGAAUUUUAACUUUCCCAUUCCUGCUCCCCACCCCGUUAUUCAUAUUUAUUUUAAAAUUGCUGAUGGGUUUUUAUUAAUCGUGUAUGUGGUCCAGAAAUAAUGUUGCCAACUCACACCCAGUGUCCUGCUGUCGCGUUUGGCAGUUUCUUUUUAAAAAUAAAAAUGAUUAAAAAACCCA